AUGGGUGCCAGUGGCUCCAAAGCUCGGGGCCUGUGGCCCUUCGCCUCAGCGGCGGUGGGCGGUGGUCCGGAGGCUGCGGUCGCUGAGCAAGCUUUGAUGCGGCCGCGAGGCCUAGUCGUGCCCCUCUUCGUAUUCACGCACCGCGGCUCCAUGUUCUAUGACGAGGAUGGGGAUCUGGCUCACGAGUUCUAUGAGGAGACAAUCGUCACCAAGAACGGGCAGAAGCGGGCCAAGCUGAGGCGGGUGCAUAAGAACUUGAUUCCUCAGGGCAUCGUGAAGCUGGAUCCCCCCGCAUCCACGUGGAUUUCCCUGUGAUCCUCUACGAGGUGUGAGCCUGGAGGGUGGCAGGCAUGAGCACCUCCUGCCCCAGCAAGAAACCUCCAGGCUCAAGGUUUGGCUUCCAGUGAGGAACCUUGGCUGGGGCCACAACCCUGAAUAAACUCCAUUGGCCUGGAAUCUUCAGCUGUGAGCGGGGCAGUCCUGCAAUGUUGAUUGGGUGUUGGUUUGCAUGUGGACAAGAGGUGGCUGGUGGUUGGCAAGGGAUAAUGGUGAAGUUACCAGCCCACCUUCCCCAGCAGUCUCUACAAGGAGCAUGGCAGGGCAUAUACUGGUCAGGAAUGCCUGGUUCCUGUGCCCUUGCCUGGCCUGCUUUCUUCCAAGCUUGCCUAGGGCCCAGCCCUGGUAGGGGCUACAGCACUUUACAAGCAAGGUCUGCCUUCUUCCAGCCCUUGGGCUGUGGGAGCUGUACAGAAGUGGGAACUUCCUUUCCCUCACUUCCCUUACC